AUGCUUAAAAGGGUGGAUCCUUCGAAUCCUGUCUUGCAGGCAUAUUUGAAAACAUUUGAUUCUUCUAUUCCUACAGGAAUCUUAUUACCACGCGAAGAAAAGAAGACCAAUAAGUCGAAGAAAGCUGAGCCUUCCUCACCUGAGAAGAAAGCGAAGGGCUCAACACUAUCCAAAUCUCCAAAGAAGAAGCCAGAAAAUGUUGUUGUAACAGUCGAAGCAACGCAAGUGAUUACGCCAAUAGUGGAAGAGUCACAAGAAAACGUGGUUAUUCAUUUGAAAACAAGGAUGUUUCGAAGAAUAAAGAUGAAAUCCACGCAUAAACGCAAGUCAUCAUCUCAGAAACUGCUUCGUAAACCUCAACUUUUUCAUCAAGGAGUAUUGUUUCGUGAGGUUCCUGUUUCUCCCGCAUCUAAGAAACGAACAGCAGAAGACAUGGCAAAACAUUUAUCCCAACCGAAGAAGAAGAAGACGAAGAAGGCUCGGAAGAUUGUUUCAUCAAAGACCACUGUCAUAGUCACCCCUGAAGUUUCGAUUGCCAAGUCAAUUUUUGGGGAGGUGAGAACUUCAGGCUUGGGUGAAAAUGUUUUGAAGGAUGCAUACCAAGGUCCAUUCAUCUCUACUCCUUUUGAAUCAUUAGUUUUUGUUACACCAACAUCAAACACUCCUCUUACUUCAACUACUAUCUCUCCAACCUUCGAACACAUCAUCAAUCAACCGAUCACUUCCAUGUUCUCCUAUCAAUCAACUGAUACCCCCAAACCAACUUCACCCACUGAAACAGAUCAUGAAGGGUUUGGAGGAACAUUCAAAGAUUUGGAAUUUCAUGAUGAAGAAGAAGAUUUCCCUGAUCACAUGCUCAUGACCAUGAAACAAUACAAAAUUUGA